GCGGCCCCAAGCCAAGGAGCGACCCCCUUUUAGAUCAAGAUGACGCAGCAGUGGCUCGCCAAGGCCGUGCGUCGUAGCGUACGCGCCAGCGUGUCCUCGGCACGCGUGGCCCCCUCGCGCCUGAGCGCCCCCAGCAACGUGGCAGCCCGUUGGUCGCGUGCGUUCUCGUCCACGCCGCACCCGAGCGAGACGUUCAUGACGGGCAACAACAACGCCUACGUGGAGGAGAUGUACUCGAGCUGGAAGAGCGACCCCAAGAGUGUGCACAAGUCAUGGGACGUAUACUUCCGCCAAAUUGAGAGCGGCAGCGUGCCCGGCGAGGCUUUCAUCCCGCCGCCGACCAUCCAGCAGGGCGUGACGCCUGUACGUUCCGUUGGUGGCGCCGCAGCUUCGUCCAUCGAGCAGAAUGACGCUUUGGGCUUGAGUUACCUCAUCCGUGCCUACCAGGUGCGUGGCCAUGAGGCAGCCAACCUGGACCCACUGGGCCUGCAGGAACGUCCGGAGCUGCCGGAUCUUGACAUCAAGAUGUACGGCUUCACGGAGAAGGACCUGGACCGCGUCAUUGCCAUCCCCAAGAACUUUUCGUCGGGAGUUUCUGGUUUCUUGGAGGAACUGGCCGAUGGCAACAACGACAUGACACUCGGCCAGAUCGUCCAGCGUCUCAAGGAUACGUACUGCAGCUCUAUUGGAGUGCAAUACAUGCACAUUCUGGACCGUGAGCAAUGCAACUGGAUCCGUGCCAAGAUGGAGCACCUGGUGCAGGACGAGGAGUCGAAGGAGAAGAAGAUGCACAUUCUGGAGCGUCUGGCCUUCUCCGUCGUCUUUGAGCGCUUCUUGGGAAACAAGUACAACACGACCAAGCGUUUCGGUCUGGACGGCGCUGAGAGUCUCAUCCCUGGUCUCAAGUUCAUGAUCGACCGCGGUACUGAGCUCGGAAUGGAGCACUUGGUGAUCGGCAUGCCUCACCGUGGCCGUCUCAAUGUGCUGUCGAACGUCAUCCGUAAGCCGAUCCAGCAGAUCUUCAAGGAGUUCCAGGGCACGCACAUUGACGUGGAGUCUUACAACGAGCCCGAUGUGGAGGACUGGUCCAACGCCGGUGAUGUCAAAUACCACUUGGGUACGUCGUACGACCGCACUUAUCCGGAUGGCCGUCAAGUGCACUUGUCGCUGGUGGCCAACCCAUCGCACUUGGAAGCUGUGGACCCCGUUGUGGUGGGUAAAGUUCGUGCCAAGCAGUUCUACUUGGGCAACGACGCUGAAGCCGAGAAGAAGGUGAUGCCGCUGCUGCUACACGGUGACGCGGCCUUCAGUGGCCAAGGUGUGGUGUACGAGACGAUGCACCUGUCCGGUCUUGACAACUACGACACUGGUGGCACUGUACACGUUGUGGUGAACAACCAGAUUGGCUUCACUACUGACCCCAAGAACUCGCGUUCGUCUCAGUACUGCACGGAUCUGGGUAAGGCCAUGGAUGUGCCUAUCUUGCACGUGAACGGCGACGACCCGGACUCGGUGGUUAAGGUGUUCGAGUUCGCGGCCGAGUGGCGUCAGAAAUGGCGCUCGGAUGUGAUUAUCAACUUGACGUGCUACCGUCGCUUCGGUCACAAUGAAGUGGACAACCCGUUCUUCACGCAGCCGCUGAUGUACAAGAAGAUUGGCCAGAUGAAGUCGGUGCUGGACUCGUACGUCGACCAGCAGGUGGCUGCCGGUACUGCGACUAAGGAGGAGUGCGACGCUAUUGUUAAGAAGGUCUGGGACUUCUUCCAGAGGACGUUCGAGGAGACGGAGAAGUGGGAAGACACCAAGAAGAGCGACUGGCUGGCCAAUCGCUGGGACUCGUUCAAGAGCCCCAACCAGCAGUCGCGUAUUCGCUCCACGGGUGUGCACAUGAAUGUGCUGAAGCACGUCGGUGAGAAGAUCAGUACUGUGAAUCCAGGCUUCAACGUGAACCGCCAGCUGGACCGCAUCAUGAAGGCUAAGAAGACCACGAUCGAGACGGGUGAGGGUAUUGACUGGGGUACUGCUGAGGCUCUGGCGUGGGGUACGUUGUUGCUCGAGGGUAACCACGUGCGUAUCAGUGGCCAGGACGUCGAACGCGGUACGUUCAGCCACCGUCACGCUGUGCUGCACGACCAGGAGACCAACGAGGAGUACGCGCCGUUGAACCACCUGGCUACCAAGACGAUUCCGUCAGCUCCGCUGGAGUACAAGACCCCAGGCGGCGAUGUCGUCCCGGACACGCAGGCCGAGUUCGUGGCGUCCAACAGUUCGCUGUCGGAGUUCGGUGUGCUGGGCUUUGAGCUCGGUUACUCGCUGGAGAACCCCAACGCUUUGGUCAUGUGGGAGGCGCAGUUCGGAGACUUUGCUAACGGCGCGCAGAUCAUGAUCGACCAGUUCUUGAGUGCUGGUGAAGACAAGUGGAUGCGUCAGUCUGGACUUGUCAUGCUGCUACCGCACGGCUACGAAGGCCAGGGUGCUGAGCACUCGUCGUGCCGUGUCGAGCGUUACCUGCAGAACACGGACGACGACCCGAAUGUCGUGCCGCUCAUGGACGAGGAGAACCGUAUGCAGAUCCAACACACGAACUGGCAGGUGGUCUACUGCUCCACUCCGGCUCAGUACUUCCACGUGCUGCGUCGUCAGAUCCACCGUGACUUCCGCAAGCCGCUGAUCUCGGUGCAGCCGAAGCACUUGCUGCGUCUGCGUCAGGCCUCGUCCAAGCUCGAGGACAUGGCUGAAGGCACGCAGUUCCAGCGUCUCAUUCCGGAGGUGUCGCCGGAGAAACUGGUGGACGACGACAAGGUGAAGCGCGUCAUCUUCUGCUCGGGCAAGAUCUACUACGAACUGGCUCAGGAACGUGAGGAGAAGGACAUUAAGGACGUGGCUAUUGUGCGUGUGGAGCAGAUCGCGCCCUUCCCGUUCGACAAGGUGGCGGAACAAGCCGCGCGCUACCCGAAUGCCGACAUCAAGUGGGUGCAGGAGGAGCCGCUCAACAUGGGCUUCUGGACGUACGUGUCGCCGCGCAUCGAGACGGCGCUGACGCAGCUCAACAGCGACUCUCGUCGACCGUCGUUCGUCGGCCGCGCCCCCGCUGCCGCCCCCGCUACGGGCUACCACGCCGUGCACCAGAUCGAGCAGGACCGCAUCAUCAAGAAGGCCUUCAAGUUGUAAGAUUGCCGAUGUGGUGAGAUGAGAGGGAGAGACGAUAGCACAUAAACGCAAGCAGCCGAAUCAGACUGCAGUGCCGGUAGAAGGACUUGGCGUAUUUUGCUAGCUUUUGCUGCUUGUACCUGCUGGACAUAAAAAAGUAAAAAAAAAACAACAUGAAAAACAGAUGGCAAUAA